UGUUAAUAAUCCUGUCCAUACAAGACUUUGGCAAAUGGGCAUUUCAAUUUUGCAAGUGAACAUUAAAGCAUAUAUGUUAAGUUAUACAUAAACCAGUUAAAACCGGCUAGUUGACUACCGUAUAUACAAUUACUGAAUACCUGGAAUAGCUAUUAAACGAUAACAAUUUGUAUCACGAUCCAAUUCUGAAAUUUUCUGUCAUAAUAAAUUACGGAUAAUUAUAAGCAGUUCCCAAAAUUUUGACAAAAUAGUCAAAACAAAUUCUUUUCAAACAUGAGGUGAUAAAUUGUUUAGAGAUUUUACUAUUGCAUUGUGGGAUACAACUAUAUAAACCGCGGGUCGUGUUAAACUUUAGCGUGGGUUAACAAUGAAGUUUGCCGAGGAUAAUCAAUUGACCAUUAAGGACUUGUCAUUUAACUCAGACGAUGAAAUAAAAAAGCUUGAUGAGAAUAUAACCAAGUUAAAGGUAUGUGGCAGUGGUUCAAGAAGAAACAGUUUGGAGGCUGCAAAGUCACCAAACUCCAGCAAAGGCAAUGGAAAAUGUGGGAGACCAGCCAACCCUAUUCCAAGGCACAAAAGAGAUUCCCAUAUUAAAGCAGAGCAUAAAAGGAGGGAUAAAAUACAGAAAGGCUUUGAUACUCUACGUGAGCUAGUUCCAGCCCUAGAAAACGUAUCCUCUAAAGAAAGCAAGUCAUCAAUGCUGUUUAAAACUGCUGAAUACUGCCGACAACUUAAGGUUGAAUCUAAGGCCGAGCAGGACGAGGCCCUUGCCCUGCACCAUGAAAUAGAGGCUCUGGGUAACCAAAUUCAUAUUCUACAAAAGGGAUUGCCUGCUGUUGGUAUAAAACUACAAGAGAAGUCCAGCACUGACCUUGAUGCAAUGUUUGACAAAUAUGUGAAGCAGAAAACACAAGAAAACUGGAAAUUCUGGAUGUUCCGCUUUUUGUUGAAACCAUUGUUUGAGGCAUAUAAAAAAGCUAUGGAAGGCGUGACCAGGGAGAUGUUUGUGAAUUCAGUUGGAAAAUGGGUCGAAGAAAAUAUGUCCCUUAUAAAUCUCCGACCAGCUGUUUUGUCAGCACUGAGAAAGGUCAGCACAAAAACCAAAAUAAUGGACAAACCAGAGGAAUUUAAGAGAAAUGUGGAGGAGAUUAUAACACAUUUAGGUGAUGAGAAUGGUAAUGAUUCUUUAGAAAAGGAUGCAGAGCUGAAAUCCACAAAUACAUAUCUUAAAACACAACAACUUCCAAAAGAGCAGAGUAAUCCUGUUAUAUCUUCUGCACCAUAUCAUCAUCUGACCUUGUCACCAUCCCCCACUUUACGUACAAGUUCUCCACAAGUAGGAUCGGACAAUAAAUUCAACCAUGGAGAUUCUAAUUUACAAUCAUCAUUGACAACGCCCUCUACAAUUUUCCAUCAUGAUGCACAAGUGCAGUCACCCUAUGAUGCACAUGUACAGUCAUCGUAUGAUGCAAGUCUGCCAAACGAAAUAAUGAGCACCAACUCGGGACUCACCACAGGGGAGAUAACAAAUGAUCAUUCUCAUGAUGUUCCUAUGACAUCAUUUGAUCUGUGGGAUUUCCCGUCUAAACUUCCGACAGUUGAUUCCUCGUCUUCUCUUGUUGAUAUGGUUUAUACCAGCGCUGAGGAAAACAUAUUAUAUGAUUCGAUUCUUAACUCUUUCAGACAAAGUGAAUGUGUAAGCUCAGUAUUUUCUUCCUCACAUGAUCUAAUGCAGGUGCAGCCCCUUCAUGACUUGUCAGAUAUAACACAUGAGUUAUUUCCUUCCUGUAUAACAACAGCAUCAACAACGUGUCAUAAUUCCACUUUUCCGGUGAUGUCAACAGGUUAUGAUCAUGCUGCAGUUGACAUGUUGACAGUUCCAUCAUUCUCUGACCUUGACAUUACGCCAUCAUCAAUGGAAUCAUCUGUUGAUCCUAUUACAUUUCUGUUGGAUGCCGAUUCCAAAGAUAGCACAACGUUUCAUUCAUCUUCAUUUUCAAAUUUAUGAUGAACAAUCAGUAUUAUUCUCCAGCUAAUGUUAAAACUAUUGUUACCGUGGCCAAAAACUGUUGUUAACCAGGCUAGACUUUUAUUAUUUCUGUUUGCAUUUCAGCAUUACAGUUAACCCUUGCAAUGUUCCAUUUGUGAAAUUUGACCAAGAUUGAAUAAAAAAACAAACAAAUUAAGAAAAAGAAAAGAGGAUAAAAUGAAAUGCUUCCUUUAUAAGAUGCAGAGAAAAGCUUCCUUUAUUAGAUACAGAGAAAAGAAGCCAAUUAGAUUAAGGGUUAGCUGAUCUUAGCAAAUACUGAAUCUUUAAAGUGUUAUUGGGGAAAAUCCUGCACAUACAUGUACAUGUAUGUAUUGGUUUGGUUUAUUUUCAAGAAUUUAGUGUUACCAGUACUUUAUAAUUGUAUAUAGAAAUACAAUAUGUGAUAUUUGACUUUAUUAUUAUUUUUCAGCAUUUUUGAGUUGUUGUUAUUUACCUGCAAUCUGAAAUGAUUUUGUUUUUGUCCAUUUUGAUUUUAUCAGGUGUCUACUUUAAUUUGCAGAUUUUGUUUUGCUCAUUAUAUGCCAUUUUUAUGUUAUUUUCAUGUCUUAACUGUAAUCGGUGGUCAAGUAUCAAAUUUCUAUUUUAAACAUUUAUAAUUAUAGUAUGAAAGAUACAUUGUACUGUAGAUUCAUUUAUUUUCGUGGGUAUCAAUUUUCGUGGAUUGCAGAAAACUUGCAUAUUAGUGGAUAUUUGAUUUCGUGGUUUUAACAAUCUCUGUAAACAAAGCCUAUUAAAAAUAUGUAUUUCGUUGAACAUUUGAUUUCGUGGUUCACCUGCACCCACGAAACCCAUGAAAAUUUGUAUCCAACGAAUAAUAAUGAAUCCGCAGUAUCUUAAAUUCACUUCUUGAUCCAGUUUUUGAUUGACAUAUCAGUAAGAGGGAAUUAAUAAUUUGCUGUUACAUGUCAUCCUCAACUUUGUGAAAUAUUUGCCACUGGCUGUUGAGCAAACAACCAUCAAUUGAGAUGGUAUGUCAACUGUUUACAAUCCUCUUAUAUUCAAUAAAAAAUAUGAUCUAUAAAUUAAAGCUCUACAAGGAAUUGAUCUACAAGUUAUUUUUAAAAUGUUUUUCUUUAAUAAAUUGAAAAAUAUUUUGUUAUUUCUGGUUCUUUGACAUAAUUUUUUAAGAUGAAAACCUAAGAUAUACUAGUGUCAAUUUGAGUCAUUUAAAACUUGCAUUAAUUUUAUUAUGUAUAACAUGUUACAGUAUGAAGGACAAUCAUUUAUGAAUUCUUGAAAAAUAUUCUCCAAAAACUACGAGGUAGUUCUUUUUAUGCAACUCAUACAAAAGUAAAGGGCAUUAUAAGAUAAUACAAUGUAAAAGUUUUGUAUGAAGGAAAGAUGAUAUUUUGUCAAACAGAAUAUUUAUUCCAAGGGUAAAGCUAAUACUUUCUGACGAUUCUGUCUAACUCAUGAAUCCCUUAAGUCCAGUUAGCUAGAAAACAGACUAGUUGUUUUGUAAAUUUUUGAUUACCAUGAUUAAGGCAGGCCUUUCAAAUUCCAAGAUUAUAAAGUGGUAGAGCAAAUUAUUUGGAUCUCUUAGUACUUUGAUAUCUUACAAUUAUAUACAUUUAUUUGGUAAAUUCAUGUUUAUGUUUCACAUCUAAAAUAUUAUAAUAUAAUAAUGUAUAUGCUGUAAUUCAGAAAUUAUUGGGUGCAUUUUUUAUUGUGAUUUUUUUAAAAAUGGACAAAACAGUGAGACUUUUUAUUACAAUUGAGAAAAAACUGCUAUUAGAUUUAGUAUCAGAUAUCAGAAUGUAAAUUUUUAUCAUUGCUAUACAUUCCCAAUCGCACUAUUUUCAUUCAUGAAAACCUCAAUAAUCAUAGGAGGAUACUGGGGGUCCUGGAGGGCUGGGGCCUCCUUUUGAGGGAAAAAAAUGGUUGACUAUAUAGGGAAUCAUUAAUGCAUGACUGGACCCUCCCCUUUCAUUAUACAAAGUUCUGUACUAUCUGCCCCUUAAAAUUUUGAAAUUACAGUAUUUGAAAUAAAAAAGCAAAGAAUACGAAUACUUAAAUUCAGAAAAUGGUAAUUAAAUGACAAAUAUUCUAAAGCCAACAAUAUUGAGAAAUUUAUUAAUGGCACUUCUGUAUGUGUUGUGAUAAAAUAGAAAAUUACUGAAAAAUUAAAAUGUGAUUUUAAUUCAAUCUGUACACAUCCAACAGAUUUAGUAUAAAGAUGCCAUAAACAGUAUUAGAAAUGCAUCACCUUGUGCAUUGCCAAAAUAAGAUGUGAUUUUAAUUAUUGCAAUGAACUUUCUUUUAAAAUGCUGCAUUUAGAAAUAUCCCAAUAAUUUCUGAAUUCACAUAAUAUAUAAUUUGUGUAGUUAUUGCUAUUCACUUUAAUUUAGUGAAGGGUUCUCUUGAAUCAAUGUUAUACUUUUGAUCAUGUUGAUGUGGCAUUUUAUUUUGUUGCCAAGAUAAAAGAAAUAUUUUAGAA